GGACAGGAGAACAGAAUCAGAAAAGGCCACGGGUGGUCCCCUGGUAACUGACGUAAUACAGACGUCACGAGAGGGACCCCGCUUGCAUUGGAAGGCUAUGAAUUCAGGAGUCUCACGGACACGGAUUCCUGGUGGCUACGAUUUGGGGGUACAAGGCACCAGGUAGGGCAGAAACGGGGACCUGAACUUGAGGAGGGGGACUCCAAGGCCUUACCUGGAGGAGAAACGGGGACCUGGAAUUGGGGGGGACCCAGAGGCAGGAGUUGGAGAAGGACUUUAGAUGAAUAUUGGGGGAGAACGAGGCAUCCGAUUUCGAUGGAACUAGAGACGGGAAUUUAGAAAAUUAUCGAUCACGAAGACGGGGGGGCCUGGCCGUCGGGAUGUGGGGGGCCCGAAGACGUGGUGCCAGCAUUUGCAGGGCGCUCAGGCUCUCCCCAAAUCUGAACAGGGGCAGGCGGACAGCCUGGUACCCGACCUGAAGCCACGCCCUCCCCUGGGAACGACCAAUCACCAGCAUCCAAGUGCCUAGAAGGCGGGACGACGUGGGGCGUCUCCAAGGCAACGGCGAAUCGCAAGCCGAGGUCACCUCCCCUCCCGCCCCCAGGGCUGGGGCUCCGCGGUCGCCAUGGUAACCCCGACGCUCAGUCUCUCCCUGAGCCCGGCGGCCGAAGGGGGUGUAUUUGUUGAGACCCGGCCGGACCUGUGGGCAGAGGCUGGCUCGCUGCAGGAACCCUGGGCCAAACUGACCCUGGUCUGCCGGGCCUGCCUGGUCACCUCGGACUUUCAGCUGUUCAAGGAUGGGGAGCUCCUGGAGCGGGUGCGCCUCAGUGAGGGGGGCUUGGAGCAUCGCUUCCCUCUGGGGGCGGUGACGGGGGACACGCGGGGCCUGUACCGCUGCCGCUAUGCCAUGGGCGAUGACAGAUGGACCUCGAUGAGCAACCUGCUGGAGGUGACGGGGGCAGUCCACCGGGCCGGCAACUACAGCUGCAGCUACCGCAACCCACGAAGGGGCGCCCCCUCUGAGCCCAGCGCCACUGUGACCAUCGAGGACAUGCGUGAGCCUGGGGGCCACCCGGAGGGCUUCCCGGGGGAGGCGGCUCCCGGAGGCCAGGGGAACUGCCUUUACCUGGACGCCCCUGCCCGGGCCUGGGUCUGGGAAACAGUGGCCCACGCGGUGCGGCGGGGAGCCAGGCCGCCGCCGCCCCGGCUGAGCGUGGAGCGGGAGUCCGGGGAGUCCGCCGCCGUCCUGUUCGCGUCGAGCCCGCAGGUCUCGCUGAGAUGCGUGGCGCCCGUGGAGGGCGUGGAGUUCCAGCUGCGGCGCGGGGACCGGGAGCUCCGGGUCACCAGCUGGGGCACCACCCCGGGCACCGUCAACUUCGAGCUGAAGUCCCUGAAGCCCGCGGACAGCGGCCUCUACACCUGCCGCUACCAGCUGCGCCGGGAGGACACGCCCUGGUCCCUGGACAGCGCGCCCGUGGAGCUGCUGCUGAGCGAUGGACCCCUCCCCAAGCCGCGGCUCCGGCCCCUGUGGAGCGGGAAGGUGAGUCCGGGCCGGGACGCGGUCCUGCGCUGCGAGACCCCAGUGGCCCACCAAUCCCUGGAGCUGCUGGCAGCGGGCGAAGUGGUGGCCUCGGCAUAUGGCCCCUCCGAGGACCUUGUGCUGACCUACGUGGGGCCCCAACACGCCGGCAAGUACAGCUGCCGCUACCGCUCCCGGUGGCCCCUGGUGUCUGAGCUGAGCGACCCCGUGGAGCUCCAGGUGGCAGAACGUUGAUCCAGCUGCAGACCUGGAUGCUGAGGGUCUCCUGGUUCCCCCCGGCUCUGCUCCUCCUGCUGCAGCUCGAGGCUGGACCACGCCCGGAGCAGGGAGUGUGUGUGGGGGGCGUCAGGAGGGCUCCCCCUCACUCCUCCCAGGAAUUAAUAAAUGUGAAAAGACUUUAAAA